GUCGGCGCCCGAGCCAAGGCAGCCACGCGGAUGAGCAUCAUGUCUGAGUGCGAGAUGACCAGGCGAUUCGAGGCCGAGGACUCCGAGGGCUCCAACGAUGCUAUGUCACCAUCCAAAGCCAAGGAUGGCAUGGUGAACAACAUCACGCUGUGGCAGUUCCUGCUGGAGCUCCUCCUCAGCAACCAGUACAAGCACAUCAUCACGUGGACCAACUCCGAGGGCGAGUUCAAGCUGCUCAACGCGGAGGAGGUGGCGCGCCUGUGGGGCCUCCGCAAGAACAAGACCAACAUGAACUACGACAAGCUGUCCAGGGCGCUGCGCUACUACUACGACAAGAACAUCAUCAAGAAGGUGCUCGGGCAGAAGUUCGUCUACAGGUUCGUCUCCUUCCCUGAGAUCGUCAAGAUGGAGAACAAGAUUCCGUUCCACGUCAAGAUGGAGAGCCUGGGCAGCAACAGCAGUGCCAAGCCCCCAGCAGGAGGCGGCAUGUCCCCCUACUCCCCCGGCGGCUCCGGCCUGCAGCCCGGCGCGCCUUCGCCCUCCAGCAGCCACCAGGGCAGCUCCAGGCUGCCCUCACCCGCCCACGCGCCCACACAUCCCCUCACCACGCCGCCCCCGGCGCACAUAGGCUCAUACCCAUCAUUAGGUCCUUUGGCGCACAUGUACACCGCCGCCGCGUUCUCCCAGAUGGCGGCCGCCAGCCUCGGCGGCUACCUGUCGGCCCUCGCCCGGAGGCCCGAGCCCGAGGCGCCCGCCCCCAGCCAGCCGCAGAACACGCUCUGGCCACCGGACCUCGGCCAGCGGUCGCCGUCGCCGCCCUCGGAGGACUCCGGCGACGGCCUGCCCUCGGCGCCGCUGCACCUGGUCACGGAGGAGGCCAGCCGCAGGCGCCGCCGGCGCCCGCGCUCGCGCUCGCCUCGCUCGCAGUCGCCGUAUGCGCACUCGCCCGUGCCCCGCCUGCGCUCGCCCAUCCGCCCACGGUCCCCCCUGCCCUCGCCGCCGCCCCUGUCCCCCCUCACGCCCCCUCCCGUGCGCGAGCAGAAGGGGCGCUCGGGGCCCAAGCCCAAGCCGUCGCCGCUGUCCAUUGAGGCCAUCACGGGGUCGCCGCCCGUGCUGUCCCCGCGCCAGUUCUCGGCCUCGAGCCUCAACACGCCGCUGGUGAACCUGCCGUCGCCGCCGUACAGCGGCGUGGGCACCAAGUCGCCGUACCUGCCGCUGCACCUGUGGCCGAGCCUGAGCCCGCUGGCCAACCUGAGCCCGCACUACGGCUCGCCGCGCAGCCACCACCACUUCACGUUCCCGGCGCUGCCGCAGUACCCGCACCUGCCGCCGCCCGUCGUGUCGCCGCUGCUGUCGUCGACGACGUUCGAUUUCUCCGCCCUCGCGUCGCCCACCGAGAAGAGCGCCACGGUGCCCGUCCUCCAAUGACCUGAGGCCGU